GGGCACCGGUCAUCAGGUACCGAAUCGUCUGGCUCGACAGCAGGCACCGGCUCAUCUGGCGCUGGAUCAUCUGGCUUGACAGCGGGCACUGGGUCAUCAGGCAUUGGAUUGUCUGGCUCGACAGCGGGCAUCGGGUCACCAGGUAUGACAGCGGGUACUGGGUCACCAGGCAUCAGGUCAUUUGGCUCGCCAGCGGGCACGGCGUCAUCUGGCAAGGCAGUGGGCACCGAGUCACCAGGCACGACAGUGGGCUCUGAGUCAAUUGGCACGACAGCGGGCACCGGGUCAUCAGGUACCAGAUCGUCUGGCUCGACAGCAGGCACCGGGUCAUCUGGCGCUGGAUCGUCUGGCUCGACAGCGGGCAUCGGGUCACCAGGCAUGACAGCGGGCACUGGGUCAUCAGGCAUUGGAUCGUCUGGCUCGACAGCGGGCAUCGGGUCCUCAGGUACCGGAUCGUCUGGAUCGACAGCGGGCUCCGGGUCAUCUGGCCGGGCAUCGGGUCACCAGGCAUGACAGCAUGCACUGGGUCAUCAGGUAGCGGAUCGUCUGGAUCGACAGCAGGCAUCGGGUCACCAGGCAUGAUAGGAUCAUCAGGCUAGAUCAGUUCAUCAGGCUGGGUACAGACAUCAGGCUGAAGUGCGGGUGCCGAGGCACCAGGCUGAACCAGGGAAGGCAGGUUCUCAGACGGCAGGCUCACCGG